GGUGUUAUUCAUGGCAACCAGUACUAUUCCACUCUCUUACUUGUUUCCUCUUCUUCUAUGAUCAAGAUGGUCUUCUUCUAUAGAUUGGUGAAGUAUAUGUCCUUGUGUUUACUUCUUCUCUUUCUUGUUGUUGUCAUGGGACAAGAUAGUGGUUACAUUUUGAGAGAUAAAGCUUCCCUUUUAUCUUUCAUGUCUGCUAUUGAUUCCAACCCUGAAAACGCGCUCGGAAACUGGAAUUCAUCAAGUUUGCAUGUCUGCAAUUGGACAGGAAUUGGAUGUAAUAUUGCAAGAGAUCAAGUGGUGCAACUGGACCUCCAUGAUAGAUCUCUUGGAGGCAUAAUUUCUCCUGUUCUUGCAAAGAUGAAGUUCUUACUUGUAUUGGACUUGAGUGGCAACAACUUCAGGGGCCAGAUACCAUCUGAGCUUGGUUCUCUGUCUCAGAUAAAACAGCUUAGCUUCCAAGCAAAUCUUCUUGAAGGAGAGAUUCCUGUGGAAUUGGGUGCUCUCCAUCAACUGGAUUAUCUGAAUUUGGGAAGUAAUCGGCUUGUGGGUAAGAUUCCGUCAUCGCUGUUUUGCAAUGGAUCUUCUUAUUUGGAGUACAUGGAUCUUUCUAACAAUUCUCUUGGUGGUGAAAUCCCUCUGUGGAAUCACUGUCAUUUGAAGGAAUUGAGAUUUUUGCUACUGUGGUCUAAUCAGCUUGUGGGUCAGAUUCCCCCUGCCCUAGCAAAUUCCACAAAGCUGAAAUGGCUUGAUGUUGAGAAUAAUUCUCUAAAAGGGGAGUUUCCAUCUGAUAUUGUGGAUAAAAUGCCACUUUUGCAAGUCCUCUAUUUAUCCUACAAUAACUUCAGUAGUCACAAUGGUAACACUCUCACACCCUUGUUUGCUUCUCUUAUUAACUGUUCUAACCUUCAAGAACUUGAAUUAGCCGGAAAUAAUCUCCGUGGAGAGCUUCCUCCUAUUAUCGGCAAUCUCUCCACUAGGCUUACACAAAUACAUCUUGAGGACAAUCUUAUCCAUGGUUCAAUUCCUCCAAGCAUUUCAAAUCUUGUUAACCUAACCCUCUUAAACUUGUCCAGCAAUCUUUUGAAUGGAUCCAUCCCACCGGAUUUAUGUCGAACGAGAAGACUAGAGAGGGUUUAUUUGUCAAACAAUUCCCUCUCUGGUCAGAUCCCUUCAGCAUUCGGCAACAUCACCCACUUGGGUCUUCUCGAUUUGUCCAAAAACAAGCUCUCAGGUUCCAUUCCUGAUAGUUUUUCAAAUCUCUCUCAGCUAAGGAGACUUUUGCUUUACGAAAAUCAUCUUUCGGGAGCAAUACCACCAAGUCUUGGGAAAUGCAUUAACUUGGAGAUCUUAGACCUUUCCCAUAACAAAAUGUCUGGGAUAAUUCCUAGUGAAGUUGCAGGACUUACAAGCUUGAAGUUGUAUUUGAAUCUAUCAAAUAAUGCCUUCCAAGGCCCUCUUCCAUUAGAGCUCAGCAAAAUGGAAAUGGUUCUAGCUAUGGACCUCUCAUCCAAUAAAAUCUCUGGCAUUAUUCCACCCCAACUUGGGGGCUGCAUUGCAUUGGAGUACCUCAACUUGUCCAGUAAUAGCUUUGAGGGCCUUUUUCCAGUCCCAGUUGGGAAAUUGCCUUAUCUUAAAGUGCUUGAUGUAUCCUACAACCAUUUGGUUGGAGAAAUACCAAAAUCACUACAGGCUUCUUCAACUCUCAAGGCACUCAACUUCUCUUUCAACAACUUCUCUGGGGACAUACCAAACCAAGGCAUAUUCGCUUCCUUAACCAUGGACUCUUUCAGAGGAAACUCAGGUCUCUGUGGGUCUAUCCUGGGAAUGAAAUCCUGCCGGAAGAAUCGAAACCGCCACUCCUUGAUCUGGUCAAUUCUCCUUGCAAUAUUUGCGACUCCCAUGUUAUGCUUCAUUUUAUACCCCUUACUGCUCAAGUCUAGAACCAGGAGACAGCAGUUGGAAAGCUUUGGGGACAAGGAGAUGGAUGAUUACAGUGAGCAAGAUCACAGUAAGGAAAAGGAGAAAAAAUACCCAAGAAUCUCAUUCUGGCAACUGAAAGAAGCGACGGAUGGGUUCAAUCCCUCAUGCCUAAUUGGGUCAGGUCGGUUUGGACAUGUCUACAGGGGAGUCCUCAGAGACAACACAAAAAUUGCUGUGAAGGUGUUGGAUUCAAAGAUGGGUGGAGAGAUGUCAAGGAGCUUCAAAAGAGAAUGCCAGGUAUUAAAGAGGACUAGACACAGAAAUCUGAUAAGGAUCAUAACAACUUGCAGUAGGCCUGAUUUUAAGGCUCUUGUUCUUCCUUUAAUGUCAAAUGGGAGCCUAGAGGACCAUUUGUACCCCAGCCAGAAAACAGAUCGUGUUCUGACUUUGGUGGAGCUGGUAAGCAUCUGUAAUGAUGUAGCUGAAGGAGUUGCUUACUUGCACCACCAUUCUCCUGUCAAGGUUGUACACUGUGAUUUGAAACCAAGCAAUAUACUUCUUGAUGAUGAUAUGACAGCUUUCGUAACCGACUUUGGGAUUGCAAAGUUGGUGAAAGGUGGUGUUGAUGAUGAGGUUCCAGCAGUUAUGGAUACAGCUUCCAUCUCUUCUACGGCUGGACUAUUAUGCGGUUCAAUUGGUUAUAUCGCUCCUGAAUAUGGAUUGGGGAAGCAUGCUUCAACACAAGGAGAUGUUUAUAGUUUUGGGGUCCUACUCCUUGAGAUUGUAACAGGCAAAAGACCCACAGAUGUGCUUCUCCAUGAGGGAUCAAGCUUACAUGAAUGGGUGAAGAGUCAGUACCCACAUAAGCUCAAGCUGGAGCUCAUAGUUGAAAAGGCACUAUUAAGAUUGGCACCAUCUACAUCUUCAUCAUAUUCUGGCAACAUAUGGAGGGAAGUCAUCUUGGAGUUAAUUGAGCUUGGUUUAAUAUGCACACAGUACUCUCCUUCUACAAGACCAUCCAUGAUUGAUGUGACCCAUGAAAUGGGUAGGCUGAAACAGUAUCUCUUCAACCCUUCCUCCCUAACCAUUGAAGGAGUAUGUUAAGAUGUGGAUCCUUCUUUAUCACAGAAAGGAGAUUAAAGAAGGAUAUAUCAUUAUAUUUCUUUAAUCUUGGUGGGUUGUGUUCAUGUAUUCUUUUAUGUGGUUUUUACUCAAUCUAGCAUUGGCUCAUUUCAUAACAUGAAUCUGAUUGUAAGACACUAGUUCAAAUUAAAAAAAUCUGCAAGGUUAGGCUUGCAAAAAAAAGUCCAGAUUGUUAGGAGUUGUCAUACCAUUAUAAAAUGCAGAAGAUGUCAGAGUAGAUAUUAUAUUUAAUCAGUCUUUCUAAAUUUAAGAAGCAACUAGGCCAGAGCCAUUUUCUAAGUUUUUAACUCAUCCUUUAAUAUGAACCUCUGGAACCUUCUUUGUA